AUAACUUGGGAAAAAACAAGCUCCGACUGCGAAAAAAUAAUUUGAACGGUAAAUCGAACUCGGAAUUCCAAGUCAGAAACUCUGGCAUCUUUCUAGAGCUCCGACGCACUAAAGUCGCAUGUUGGAGGAUUCCGAGUUCCGAGUAGUUUUGAACGCGGCACUAGUCUCAGCGCUCAGCAUUAUGAUCAUUAUUUUCUACAGGCAAGUCUCUGACGCAUGUGUGCUGUGAGAUGAGCAACAAGGAAAUAGCUGUGUAAACGAAACAGUAAUAUCAAGGCAAGGGGUUCAGACUGUGUUGGUUCUCAGGAGCAACUGACCGUAUGAAACUUCCCAUGGAGCCAACAAAUCUACAGAAAGCUAUCGCUGUAGCACAGAAAGCCUCCCAAGAGGACCAGGCUGGGAACUACCAGGAGGCUAUCAAAUCUUACCAACAUGCUGUCAAGUACUUCCUGCACAUUGUAAAAUGUCAACCACAGGGUAAAGAGGGCAACCAGAAGAUCCGGGACAAGUGCAAACUGUACCUGGACAGAGUGGAAGAACUACAGGAGUAUCUAGAAAAGAAAGAGGUUGGAUCCCAACCAACAAUAAACCCCACUGAAGAAGAAUACAAGAAAGCCAUAGAUCUGGCCAGCAAGGCAGCCCAGGAGGAUAAAGCUCAGAACUACGAAGAGGCCCUGCGUCUAUACCAACACGCUGUUCAGUACUUCCUACACGUAGUAAAAUAUGAAGCCCAGGGUGACAAAGCCAAACAGAGCAUCAGGGCCAAGUGUGCUGAGUACCUUGACAGAGCAGAGAAGCUCAAAGAUUAUCUGAAGAAGAAAGAGAAGGCUCCACCCGCCAAGCCUGUGAAGGAGUCCCAAGCUGACGACAAGGGAAAUGAGAGCGAUGAAGGAGAUGACCCAGAGAAAAAGAAGUUCCAAAACCAACUUUCAGGCGCCAUCGUUAUGGAAAAGCCAAACAUUAAGUGGAAUGAUGUUGCCGGUUUAGAGGGAGCCAAAGAGGCACUGAAAGAAGCUGUUAUUUUGCCAAUUAAAUUCCCACAUCUUUUCACAGGUAAAAGAACGCCAUGGAGGGGGAUCCUGCUCUUUGGUCCUCCUGGUACAGGAAAGUCCUACCUGGCUAAAGCUGUGGCCACAGAGGCCAACAACUCCACCUUUUUCUCUAUCUCCUCCUCUGACCUGGUGUCCAAGUGGCUGGGAGAGAGUGAAAAGUUAGUAAAGAACUUGUUCACUCUUGCACGGGAGCACAAACCCUCCAUCAUCUUCAUAGAUGAGAUAGACUCACUGUGCGGCUCCAGGAGUGAGAACGAGAGUGAGGCAGCUCGCCGCAUCAAGACAGAGUUUCUGGUUCAGAUGCAGGGAGUGGGGAAUGACAACGAUGGGGUACUGGUAUUAGGGGCCACCAACAUCCCUUGGACAUUGGACUCUGCCAUCAGAAGACGGUUUGAGAAGAGGAUCUACAUCCCCUUGCCAGAGGAACACGCCCGCACCUUCAUGUUCAAGCUCCACUUAGGCACCACCCCCACCAGCCUCAACGACUCUGACUUUGUCACCCUCGGAAAGAAGACAGACGGGUACUCGGGGGCCGACAUCAGCGUCAUCGUCAGAGAUGCGCUUAUGCAGCCCGUCAGGAAAGUUCAAUCAGCCACUCACUUCAAACGGGUACGAGGGCCAUUGAGAGACAACCCCAAAAUCCUGGUAGAUGACUUUUUGACCCCGUGCUCCCCGGGAGACCCGAACGGCGUCGAGAUGACAUGGAUGGAGGUCCCUGGGGAAAAGCUGUGUGAGCCAGUCGUUUGUAUGUCUGACAUGCUGAGGUCCCUGUCCAGCACGAAGCCAACUGUCAACGAUCAUGAUUUGGACAAACUGAGAAAAUUCACAGAUGACUUUGGACAGGAGGGCUAAACGUGGCUUUUUUUUAAACCAAAACAAAUAUUAUAUCAGUGUUCAUUCUCCCCUUCAUGCUCUGUUGGCUCAUCAGAAGUGUGCCACAUGACUGCUCUACUCAUAGAAUUACUAGAACCGAUAUCCCCAUUUAAGUCCAUUUCUAUGGCUAAUGAGCUUGACUAUUGGCCACAUAAGGGGUUAAACAAAGGUGGAUAUUUUCUUAGAUGCCCCCCAUGUCCAAAGAAUUGCGGAUCACUUCACUGCUGCAAGAUGUCUGAGGUAGACUUGAUUGGUGGAUGGAACGCUGCAUAGAAAUGAAGAACCUUGGUGUUACAUAGGCAUAUGUUCUGUGGAAUCUGUUUAGCAGCAUCUUGGCCCGAAUCCUAACUUGAGAACAAUGCUCAACUCAAACAUUUGCAUAUGUCAUGCUUUGAAGUCAAUGGGAGUUUGAUUCGAGUUACCGAUACAAGCUUGUUAACCAAAUUAAGAUGCUGCUUAUUGUGCAGAGUGCUUAUCUAACUUCCCCAAUAAAUAUCUAUGCUCAGUU